UUGUAUCAAAGAAGAGGGAAACAUUGACUCAUAGUUUCUUAAGAUGUGUAAAGAAUCUCUCAUUCAAAAGACUAGUUCUCAAUUUUUGUAUUUUAUUUUAAAACAGACAUAUCUACUAAAGAUCUUACGUUUGUAUAAAAGUUUAGAUAAUCCUUAACAAUAGGUUUUUUUUUCCGACCGGUUACCUACCUACCUAUAAAUGUAUUAACAUUUUUAAGGAAUUUAAUCGUAUAUUUUAAAGUAUAAUUGUAUUAAUUAAAAAGUGUACAUUGACUCAUAGUUUCUUAAGAUGUGGAAAGAAGAUCUGGAACGAAAGAUCAGUUCCAUUAUUUUUAAUUUUUGUGUUGAAGAACUUUACAUUAGAAGCACCAGUGGUCAGUGGAUAUGCUCUUAGUAAGUCUACGUUGUAUCCCUGUAGUUUUAGGUGAGCAAAUAAGCAUAUUUAUAAACUUAUUGUUAUCAAAUCUUAUUAAUCAACAUACAUAGAUUUCUGUAAUCUGGUAAAGUAAUUAAUAUUUUGCAAAACUAUUUCCUUUACUUAUUAUUAAAUAAAGUUUUACAACUAUACACAAAAUAUAUAAAACAUUAUUUCAAUUAUUUAAACAAAUUAUUAAUUAUUUACAUAAUCACAAUUCAAUCUAUAAUUUUCAAUUUUCGAAAUAUUAAAGCUCAUAUAAUAUAAAAUUUAAUUAAUUUUGAUAGAUAAAACUAACAACAUCAUGAUCUAAUUGGAACAUAAACAAAUCUUCAAAACAUCAAGCAAGUAUUAAAAGAACUAAAGAAGUAUUAAAGGACGGCGGAAGUAUAAACUGUUUCUUUAAUUUAGCCUACUUAUAAGUGGCAAGAUACAUGUUACUAAAAUAAAAAUUGAAAUCGUUAUAUUAAGAAAAUGUAAAACGUAAGACCGAAACAAAAUAAAAUAAAUAAAUGAUCUGAUAUUCCAUUAAUUCUUCCGUUCUUCGCGAAUAUAUACUUCCACAAACAUAUAUCAGAAAGAAAGAAAACAAAAAAAGAGAGAAAAAAAGAUUCAUCUUCACAUGUCGCCGGGAGAAGAUAAUAUCACGAGGAUCUCUAUAGAGCCUGAGAAGCAAUCACUUCUCGAACAUCAUGCCGAGAAACACUUCACCGCUGGAGAGAUCGUUCGUGACAUCAUCAUCGGCGUUUCUGACGGUUUAACCGUUCCUUUUGCACUCGCCGCCGGACUCUCCGGUGCUAAUGCCUCUUCGUCUAUCAUACUCACCGCUGGUAUCGCUGAAGUCGCCGCCGGCGCUAUCUCCAUGGGACUCGGCGGGUAUCUAGCGGCCAAGAGCGAAGCGGAUCAUUACGCACGAGAGGUGAAACGAGAACAAGAAGAGAUCAAGACCAUUCCUGAGACUGAGGCAGCAGAGGUAGCAGAGAUGUUGUCAGACUAUGGAGUAGAACCACGUGAAUAUUCACCUGUUGUUAAUGCUCUUCGUAAAAAUCCUCAAGCAUGGGUUGAUUUUAUGAUGAGGUUUGAGCUGGGAUUAGAGAAGCCUGAACCAAAAAGAGCAUUACAAAGCGCGUUCACGAUUGCAAUCGCUUAUGUUCUUGGUGGUUUCAUACCUCUAUUUCCCUAUAUCUUCAUACCGCAAGCAGUGGAUGCGGUAGUGGCGUCUGUGGUUAUAACUCUGCUGUCUCUCUUCAUAUUCGGCUAUGGAAAAGGGCAUUUCACCGGCAGCAGACCAUUUAAAAGUGCGUUUGAAACGGCUUUUAUAGGAGCGGUAGCCUCAGCUGCUGCUUUUUGUUUGGCUAAGGUGGUGCAACUUUAAUAAAACUAAUGUUGUGUUUUAAUGUUUUAAAUUGGACUUGUUUGUUGCAUGCAAUGUGUUUAUUAUCACGGUAAAAGUACAACUUAUUGGGACAGAGUGCAAACUUAAGGAAGCAAAUAUUUGGUUGUUCA